CUCUCGACGAGGUCACUUAUGCUGCCUCAUUAACCAUUGCCAAUCCGGAAUUUCCAAACAGCUCAUCAACUAUCAAACUGAAUUUUAGGUCUAAAUCUUUUAUCGGCAACGUUGGGUUGUUCUAUCCGAUUACCUAAAUUCGUGCAGUAGCUUCCGAAGAAACGGAAGCCCAGUGCAAUUUAUGGCCUCGAAAUAACAUAGCCACUAGCAUCCUCCUAAUUUCAUGGAGGCUAUCGUCGACCCUAAACUUGCCAAGCCGACUAUCUCGCACUCAAUCGACCCUCGACAAACUUCCAUCAAGCAUGAGCUCGUAAUAAUACAGAAACUAGCACCGGUCUCGCCCGACAUGUCUCCCCGAAAAGUCCCUAUUACCUUGACGUAUCAAAAGAAUGGAACCGGCCCUCCCGUUUAUGUGGCGGGAUCAUUUUCAGAUCCGCCAUGGCAGCCGCAAGAGAUGGACGUCUCCAUCGACCAACACGGAACCCACAUAUUCACUAAAAAGGUCAUGGUUGAUGAUGGCACCGAAAUUCAGUACAAGUUUCGAAUAGGGUCAGGAGAUUGGUGGGUCCUGGAUGAUAACGCGGAUACAGUCGUUGAUGAGAUGGGAAACAUGAACAAUAUUCUUAGAGUUUCCAUCGACACUGCUCAAGAAGCCGAUACUAAGGCGCCAAAUCCCCGGAUCGAUUCGUUGAAAGGUUUGCCCACAAACAAUGGCGGGCAAGCCCCUAAUAUCGCGAAGACCGCCGCCGAGGUGGCUGAUACAGCACGUGUCAUAGAUGCUGGAACGCCCGAGCCGGAGAUAUCAGAUGCUGAAGCAGGCAGAAUUGGCAUCCGUCGUCUGUCCCACACGCCAAUCAACGAAGUUGCACAGACGGCUAUGGAAGUUUCCAAGACCGCUGCAACGCUGGAUGCGGAUCACAGUUGGCACUCGGACGACGAGACCGACGCUGAAGACGGCGAGUGCCCUGUUUUUUCGCACGAAUUCAUGGGACAGGCGUGUGACGCCAAGAACCGACGGGAAAGCAAGACUGCGUCGGACUUUGACGAUUCAGCUAUCGAUAUAGAGAACGUGGAUUUCGACGAUCCUCAAUUGGAGUCGUUCCCGUCCAACAAUCGCGACUCUAUUCUAGCUGCGGUACGACGCAUUUCGACUAGCGUAGACGCCGAUCGCACGAUUGUUGAGGGAAUCCCACCGUCAUCUGUUGUUCCGCUAUUCCAGCAGGCAAUUACUGCAGAAAAUCCACCGAAAGACCAACAAAAUCUGCAUCCCGACGAUGCCACGAGGCCGUCUGGUUUGGUUCAGUCUAGUACUAGAAGUUCUCUGGGCUCCAUAGCGGAAGACGACGAGUCCCACAACGACAACGCAGACGAGGAGCCGCAGGAAGAAAUGAGCCCAUUCGUCCAGCAUCCUGGACCAUCGUGGGGCGCUGGGUCGGAAUGUUCUGCUAGCGUAGAUUCCAACGACGAGGGCAUCGCUAUGAGCGUCGAAUCUAAGCGAAGGGGCAAAAAGCCCGAAGGCUGCUCUCCCCUGGAUUCUGCCCCAGUAUCUCCACCCAGCACUAAGGCUUUAGAGGUCGCGGACUCGAACUCCAACGAAUCCGCGUCCGCACCCGCGCCCGAAAACGACUUGAAUGCUCCGACUGGCGGAGAUGAUCCACCUGCCGCUAAGAAAGAAGCUUCAAAGAACAGUCCCACUAUUGUAGUACGUGGUACAUCCACUGACACUUAUGGGAGUGACAGCUCUAAUACAGCGAGCAUAAGCGAGGGAGAAGCCAAAUCGACGUCUAUCGAUCCUAGUAAUGAAACGGGCCUGCGAAAGCGAAUGGCCGACAAGCCAGUCGUGUCCUCGGCGUCCGCCCAGGAUACGGACCGGACCCCAAAUUGGCUCGACAUCUGCUUGCGAUUUGCACUCGUGAGAUGGAUCGGAGGUUUCGCCGGGUGGCUAUACCGUCGUAGAAACAGGGCGCUCAUGGCUGCCGGUACGGCUGUUAUCGUCGUUGGCGUCGGCUUGUUAUGGCAGAACCCCAUCAGCUUGUAAGGGACACAUGGACAUAAAAAACGUGGCGAGGCUGGCGGAGAUUGUUCGAGACAGGCUGAUUAAUAUUGGAUCUCCCUUCCUACAACCUAUGGUCUUAUCAACUGCCGCCGAAGGUAUAUCGGAUUAGAGCUUGGGUCGGUCCGUUUUGUAUAUUUUACCCAGGUAUCUAAUAUCAAAAUUGUGUGGAGUGGUCUAUUGUCCAUUAUAAUGACCUAGUGGUUGCAUAACGCAUAACACAUGUUUGCUGUGCCGGGCCGAGGUUAUCCUCACUCACUCGGUUCAUAAUC